CGGGUAUCAAACAAAGAUUCUGUCCCCUCCUGGGGACCAAUGGAAGAAGAUGAGAACAAUCCUUAUCCAUGAUGUCCUCGACCCACAUAUACUCAAAUGGCUCCAACCCAAACGAGACGAGGAAGCCAAUCACUUGCUUAGCUACAUUCACAAUCAAAUCCAAAAAAAUGAUACCCCUUCAUGAGGGUGGGUUAGUAAAUAUUCGAAACACAACCCAUCUUUAUUUUGGAAAUUUGAUACGGAUGAUGAUUUUUGGGACAAGAUUCUUUGCCGGUGGGAUGGAAGAUGGGGGUCCAGGUGAAGAAGAAACAGAACAUGUCUCGUCUGUCUUCACCAUCCUUAAGUAUCUUUAUGCAUUUUCCGUCAUCGAUUUUUUCCCAUGGUUGAGGGGGAAGAUUGAUUUUGAGGGCCAUCAAAAGAUUAUCAGAACGGCCAUUCAAAGAGUUCGUAAAUACCAAGAUGGUUUGAUUGAUGAACGGAUUCAACUGUGGAAAGAUGGAGUGCGAAAGGUAAAAGGGGACGUCCUUGAUGUUCUUAUCAACCAUGAAAGCCCUAAGCUUACCGAAUCAAGAGAUCAAAGCCCAGAUUUUAGAAUUAAUGCUAGCUGCGAUUGA